AGCCGGUGAAUUGCAGGAAUCUGAAGCUGAUUUUUUUCACCCUUGAGUCACCAGAUCCUUUGGUCACCAGUGCUGGAGAUAAACAUGGCUUCGGCCCAGCCGGACGAUAGUUUGACAGAGUAUUUAAGUUGCCCCCUCUGCCUCAACUUCUUCACCGACCCCGUCUCACUGGAGUGUGGCCACAAUUUCUGCCGCUCCUGCAUCAUGGAUGGCUGGAAGGAGAAAGAGCCCAACUAUUGCCCCGAGUGCAGGGAGGAAUUUCAAGGGAGGAAUCUCAUCGCCAGUCGGGCCUUGGCUAACUUGGCGAACAAAGCACGGAAACUGAACCUGAUGUCCAAAGAAAAAGGGAACAAAAUACUCUGCGAGGAGCACUGGGAGGAACUGAAGCUGUUUUGUGAAACGGACAAGAAGUUGAUCUGUUAUACUUGCAGGGACGCCCGGGAACACAGAGACCAUCGCUUCAUGCCGGUUAAUGAAGCUGUGGAAAUCUACAAGGGCCAGGCGAAGGGUUUCUUAGACACUCUGGAAGAGAAGAGAUGGGCGAUUUUGGAAAUAGAGCAACAGCAGAAACAGAAGAUCGCUGAGAUUAGGGAUCAGUCGCUCAGUCUGAAGACCCGCAUCACCUCCGAGUUUGCCGAAAUGCACCAGUUUCUCACCGAGAAGGAGGAACAUCUGACCGGCAACCUGCAACUGCACGAGGGAGAGAUCCUGGGAGCAAUGGAGAAAAAUCUUCAGGAAAUCCAGGAGCGUUCAAAAUUAAUUCACGGCGAGCUGCAGAAGUUCCAGGAGCAGGUGGAGCAGAAAGACGGGAUCCUCUUCCUGAAGGAGGAAUCCUGGCGGAAUUUACGAUCAAGACAGAGCAUUAAAGAACUAAUCGUCGCCAGUGGAGUCUGUCAGUUGAAAAAUUCAGAGGACCUUUCCUGAAGACAGUUUGGAGUGAGAUCCUCGACGCUCUUA